CUAACAGUAUGAUAUGAGGUUACUGGCAGUUGACAUUCCAAUGACGUCGGGACCAGACCAGCGACUGUUUUUGAUUGGAGACGAAGAAGAAUACAAAAUUGGUGGUGGGAUCAUCGGCGAGCUACGAGAUCCUGUGAUUAGAGCUAUGUCUGCUACUAAGGAAUUCGAUGAUCUUGACCAAAUCGAAGAACAGGAGGAUGCCGAGAGAGAGCUUCAGGAGGCCGAGAGGAAGCGGCAGGAAGAAAUUGAGAAGCUCGAGAAAGAUGUCUCAUCAUAGUACUGCUGGGUUCUUUUUGCUGAUCUAUUGUUCAUGCACCGCCAGUUUUUUCACUACUACCCACUUAGCCUGAUGGUUCUAACAGCAACCCAGUGGAAGGCUUCUUCGAUGUUGAGAUGUCCCAACUGUGAAUAAAUGCGUUGAUACAAUCCAACAGAAGCAGUUUUUAGCUAUGUUACAGAAAGAAGAAAAAGGGAACCCUUCUUGAAUUCUCCUUCUUUCCAUUCUUCCACGGCAACAAGAUUUCCCGUUUUUAAUUACUGCCUGCUACAUUUGACUUGGUAUGUAGGCUUGCAUGAUCUGGUGAAGCUACAGUGGGUUUGACAAACUGGGUUGUUUGUCAAUCUUCAUGGGAAGUUAACAAAGUCAGCUUCCCUUCAAGUUGAUUGACCGCGAACUAAAUUCGUAAAUGGGCGGGCAUUCUUUACUUAAAGAUACGCCAGUCGCCCACCCCUAACUAGGGACGACAAGCGGUUCGGUUAUGGUUAAACCGAACUGUCGAGACGGAAACGCUGUCGGUUAGCCGCUAUAGCCACCAUUUCGAUGUCGUGCAGUUAGUCGGUUAGCUGGUGACCGAGAGUAACCCCUGAAAAUGGUGUUACUGUUGCAACAGCAAGUUUCGGCAAGGACUCUUGAAGAAUGACGAGGGCAUUUAAGGACUGGGAGGACAAUGAUGGCAGUGCGACGAGCCGAUUAUGACAACGAGACGAUGAUAGCUAGGCAAUGACGAGGUCAAGAAGAUGAAAUUGAUGAUAACUGCAGGUUUUCCCGAUUGCUGGUUAGCCGAUUAACCGGGGUUCACGAUUCGGUUUUGCGGUUAUCCAACUAACCAGCAAACGGUUUAACAGCCUUACCCCUAACUGUCUGCAUUCAUUGAAUGUCAUAGCAAAAUAUAUGUCAUGAGAUCUGUCAUGAAAUCAUCACUAAGAACAAGUAUCUGUCGUAAAUAGUUCUGCGCGAAGUUUGUAUUAUAUAUUUUGUUUUUUUUGAAUAAAUGUCAUAAGUGGUCUUGGCACAACUGAUUUAGCUGUUUGUUGUGUGCAAGAAGUUCUAGGUGUGAACCCCAUCAUCCCAUAUUAAAUCUUUUUAUUUAGUAGAGAUUAAAACAAACCACAUGUUGUGGGGAUGGUGGUUCAACCCAGAUAUAAUAAAUAGUUAACUAAAUUUAGGAAAACAUCUACACCACCAAACUACAAUUCUUCUUUUGAAACAAUAAUAUAUUGACAAAGUUUUAUUCGUUGAACGCUAAAAAUCGUCAAUCAUUUUGAACAGGGGACGGAUUUGAUACCAUCCGCCCUGAUCAUGCCCCGUUGCCAUUGUUAAGUGUCAAACUUACCCCGCCAACCAUCCGAGCUCUGUGCUGGUAUAUUAAAAACAUGGUUUUAAGACCAUCUCCAACAACAUGGCCAAAAAGCCAAAAAUUCUAAAUGCUCUCCUCCAACAAUAAUUCCAAACGGCUAGAAAGCCAAAAAAGCCAAAUUUCCUGGCCAAAUACCAACACAAGAAGAAGAAAAAAAGCCAAAUUCUGGCCAGAAUAAUGGGCCCCUCUUUCUCCACGAAUCAGACCCGCACAAGCAGAAAAGUGGCCAGAAUAAUGGGCCCCCUUCAUUUUCCUACCAUAAAAAAUAGGAGAGUUUCAAGACAAAUCACAUAAUCAAAAUAAUAAUUGUGAAAUAUGCACUCAAAUAGAAGGUGUGCAACAAACUCCUUAAAAUAUAGUUUAAGAAAAUAAAACUCAGAUA